AUGCUGUUAAGACUCGUUUGCUGUACGACAAUCGUCGUCCUCGCAGCCAUAGAUCCAAUCGGUGCCGACCUGGCCACAAGGGAACGAAUUCGGAUUCACCGAGAAUGGCUCGACAGACGGGCCGCCAGGAGAUCGAAUGGCAGCGCUUCGAGUCCCGCCUCGGUACCGAGUCUACCGCCGCCACCACCACCACUCACGACGACCAGCACUCCGCGGACGACCUACAUGCGAAAGUUAAUCAAAUUCAAGAACGAAAACGAACCGCUGUCGGAGAAUGAUGUUUCGUUCGUUCCGCAUUUCGAGGCGGGCAGUAACACCGCCGGUAUCGGCGGCAGUGGCGACAGCGAAGACGACGACGCCUCGCCGCGUAACCAAGGCCCCCGGCCAGGUGCGGACGGAAACGAACUUUUGAUAGACGACGCCGAACGAUACCGGUAUGAGGUCGUAAGUGAGCGAGAAGCCGGCCCCGAUGCUGGCGCCGAUCCGAAGAAACCCUUGGUGUACGUCAUGGACCGCGAGAAGGAGUCGCCAGAGAACCCACCAACGGAGCAAGUGUCCGAACAAAUUAGUGCCUUAGUUACCGCGAACCCCAACGCACCACAGAAGCGUAACGGAACGGCCACCGGCAUCGAGACGAAUCCAGUUGCGGCUGAUUCGUCGAGUACUGCUGCUGGCAGUGUCAACGGAUCGACUACCGGACGCGGGCUCAAAACUGCCGAGAAGGACGUCCCUGGCGGGCGCAGCAACACGACCCGUUUGACGACGAACGAAGCGCAGCCGGAAGUGAACCCGGCGGCGGCCGCUAGCUCGGCGGAGCUCGGAUUACCGACCACCGACAACACGCCGGCGGUGCGGUCUUCCAACGUCUCCGUCCGGCAUAUGUUCGGUCCGUGGAGCAGCUGGACGCCUUGUUCGAGAUCUUGCGGUGGUGGCGUCAAGACCCAGCAUCGGCCCUGCUGGAAGCGAGAAUACAUCAACGGCAAAAAGAGUGCCAAACCCGCGGUCGAAAGUUCGGAAUGCAUUGGAAUCAUCAAGCGGUAUCAUCUGUGUAAUGAACAGGACUGUCCGGGCCCCGAUGGCGACUUUCGGGAGCAGCAGUGCGCCAGCUUCAACAGCCAGUCGUUCCAGGAGAAGCGUUACAUUUGGGAAGCAUUCGUGAAAGAGGACGCCGAAUGUGAGCUCAACUGUAAACCGAUCGGUAUGCGCUACUUCGCCACACUGAACCAAACCGUCAUCGAUGGAACGUCUUGCAACAAACCGACCGACUAUUUCCGCCGCAGCAACAGUGGCCGCGGCAUAUGCGUUGAAGGCGUUUGUAAGGCCGUUCAUAACAGUGGCGUAAUUUCGGGCACGUUCAUGAACAAUGGCGCCGUCCGGUGUGGGACCACCGUGUGUCGACCAGUAUCGGGCAUCUACACGAAGACCAACCCCAACAAUGGCUACGUCCACGUGGCCAGCAUCCCAUCCGGGGCGUCGAACAUAACGAUCACCGAGCUGCAGAACAGCCAGAACUAUCUCGCGCUCAAAACAAACGAUCAGCGAUUCUUCAUCAACGGAGACUAUACGAUCUCGCUUAGCGGCCAUUACGUUGCCGCCGGCACCGUGUUCGAUUAUCGCCGAAUCGAUGGGCUGAACAACGGGUCGAACAGCAGCUUCCGUCACGUGGAAGGCAUCACGGAGUGGGUGACCGCUCUCGGGCCUACCAACGAACCGGUGCAGCUGUUCCUUCUCUCUCAGUCGCCGAACCCGGGUAUCAAGUACGAGUAUCUGGUGCCGGUCAGCACAGCACAGUCUACAGAGCCAUCAUCGCUGGAAGAUCCGCGCCCAGAAGCUGGUAACGAAAUUUCCGAAAAAGCGAACCUUCGGGUGCCGAAACAACGCCCAGUGACGGUUGCUGGUAACGGCACCACCACCACCACCAGCACUUCCGGCCGUGCAGUCGGCCAGCGCAAGCGGAAAUACCUUUGGAAGGUGAUUGGGUUCAGUGCCUGCAGCAAGUCGUGCGGCGGAGGCAUCCAGCAGCCGAUCAUCAAGUGUGUCCGCGAGUCCCCGACACGGGUGUUUUCCCCCAAACGUUGCAUCCACCUGCAGCAACCGAUUCUGAACGAAAACGUGAUGCGCUGCAACACCCAGCCGUGCCCGGCGUACUGGAAGCUGGGUGACUGGAAUCAGUGCAACUGCGAGGAAAAGUACGACGAAGCGGUUUUCCGGGCGCGUGAAGUUAAGUGCGUCCAGGAGCUACUGUCGGGCAUCGUGAUACAGGUCAGCAACGGGGCGUGCAUGGACGAGCUGCCACCGAGUACGGAGCGGUGUGAAUGCUCGCGAGUUGUCAAACCGACACCACCGCCUUCUGUUCCGCACUCAGCAGCAGCGCCACAGGUUGAGCCACCGCGUCAUAGGCAGACCGGAAAUGGGCAACAGCACGAACAUCAUGACCAUCACCGAGGCCAUCGCGGUCACCAGCAGCAGCCGCAACAUCACGCCGCUCUCGGGGACGGGGCUGGGCGUGGCGUAACUGGGACACAGAACGACGCGGAUACCACGUCGAUGGGAACCGUCGUCAGCAGCCACUAUGGACACCAGCGGCAGGACAUAAACCGCAUCCACUAUCGUGCUGAGUCGAAAAAAACCGGCAUCUGGCUUACGGCUAACUGGAGCACACGCUGCUCCACGGCCUGCGGCAUCGGAUUACAGACGCGCUCGAUCUUCUGCGAUCGCAGCUCGUCGUCCAACUUCGAACGGUGCGACCUGCGCCUUAUGCCGGAGACUUCACGCGAGUGUACCAGCGAUCGGGCGUGCGAGUAUGGCGAGUGGUUCACCGGACCGUGGACGUUGUGCUCGGGCGAUUGUUUCAACUUGACCCGCUCCAGGACGGUGCUCUGCAUACGCAACGAUCACUUUGCCCCGGAAAACGACUGCGAUCAGGCGAUCAGGCCAAAGGCGAUCGAACCCUGCGACAGUGAAUUGUUCGACGAUUGCAAACCAAGGUGGCACUUUUCCGACUGGACAGAGUGCACCAAACCUUGUGGCAGUGGUAAUCAGCGUCGCGUCGUCAAAUGCUUGGAGUUCAAUUUGCGCGACAAAAUGCUUCAGGAAUCGGUUAGUUGCCGCUACGCUGACCGGCCGACUGCCUACCGGAUGUGUAACGAGGACCCGUGCCCGCAGACAACGGCUACGCCGGUCACAACGACAGCCGCAGGCUCGACGUCGCAGUUUCCUCUGCUGGAUUCGGACGAAUAUCGCACCGAUCCAAUGCUGAACGAUGAAAAUUGUCGCGACCAGUUCCCAAACUGCUCGAUCGUGAUGAAGGCCAAACUGUGUAGCUUUGACUACUACAUGCAGGCCUGCUGCGUGACCUGCCGAAAUCAGCCGAAUUAGUGAGCAGACGCACUAAGCGAAGUACUAACGAGAGAGAGGCUACGCAAGCCAUCUUGCGCAUAAUAAUCGCAAACUUUUAGUGACAGAUCAGAAUCACAAGGAAUCGAGUGUGUUUUUGCCAUUGUUCCACAAACCGUGAGCUCACCAACCGCAUAAUCGUUUGUCAGUUUUCUGUUUGCCGCCAUCAUUGUCCGUAGUCCGUUUGACAGUAUUUGAAAAACCAAGCAUGGUCGUACUCCUUUUUCCUUUCCGGUUCAUCUCAACAAACCAUCAAUCAGCGAAAAAUGGAUAGACGGAUGAACGCAUGGGACGCAUGGGUUCUAGCAGCUACGACUAACACAGCACACCAAUUAAGUCACUCAUACUACUAACGAAUCACACAUCCCACAAAGAAUGAGUGUAAGGAUAAGGAUACACAAAUUGGCGCGAACGAACGAACGAAGUUCUUAUUUGUUUGGAUAUUGGUAAAAGAUUCGAGAAAAAUGUCAGUUUUUUAUCCCAUUGACAAAGUAUGAACGUAGAAACAGAGCAAAAACCUACGAAACGCCUCAUAUAGAGAUGGAGGUUAUAAUCAUUUUAAGAUUAUAAGAAAAAGCAGUAAAUGGAGAAGUCGAACGAAUUUUCCAAAAUAGAAUGUUUUAGGGAUUAGAUAUUUAUCAAAACGAAGAUUUUAAUCCACAUUGCAGUGUUACUCAUCAAACAAAUUCAUUAUCGUUAGUAAGUAUUUGGAAAUAAUGAAAAACAUCCA